UUCAUUCACUGCAUAAGAGCGAAUUAAAAAUUUUAACGAAUCGGAAGUACUGUUUGUAUUUGCUCCCGCGCUUUUUUCACUAUGGCUUCUGGAGACACUGCAUUGUGGCUUCACAACAAAUUAGGUUCGACGGACGAUUUGUGGUCAGGCAAGACCAUCUGCUCUCAGCUGUCCCGGGACAAAUUACUGAGUAUCCAGGGAUGUUUCUACACGUUACAGCCUCACGUAAAAGUGAAAGUGAUGUUGUCGUUUCUUCAUUUGCCUCGGAGAAAUGUAGAAGAGUGGCAAAAAGAAAUGGAAGAAAUACUAACAAUAGCAUCAGGUGACAGUGACCACUGGGUUUCGACUGUUGCAGAAAUUCUACAGACGUUCCCAGAGACCGGUGCCCUCAAACUUGAUCUGGAGAACAACAGUGCAUUUGCUGAAAUUCUUGCAGACUUGAAGAAAGUCGUACGGAAGAAUGUCGAUAACCGAAUGUUGCCGAUAGAAUGUCAGUUCCUGAACAAGACAGCUCUGCUUUCUGUGGCCGGCCAAUUACCUCAACCUGUGAAACAUUUUGCCCUGAAACGAAAACCCAAGUCUGCUACCUUAAGGGCAGAGUUGCUGCAGAAAUCCACUGAAGUUGCCAACAAUCGUAAAAAUAACGUGAAUAAUACAGUUCCUGUCAAAGUGAGGAAUUUUUCCAAAAAACUCGAUGAUCCAACAUUUACAAAGACCACACCAACCAAUAACCGAAGUCCUUCCUCAGCCAAUCCCCUGACAGUUGCGGGAACUCCUGGCACUCCUUCCACACCAACUUCUACAACACCAUCAACAAGCAACUGCUUCCUCUCUGCUAGCACUGGUCUCAGUCGGAGCAGCAGCCUCACUCCUCGUGCCACUGCCUCGACAGGAAGUCUACGAGGCAAAGAGGGUGGCAUCAAGCUUAUAGAAAUUGCUGAACAGCCUGUUGGGGCAAAAGAAGCGAAACGACGGAAGAAGAUUGCCGAUCAAGAGGCUAUUGGUCAGCAGAAGAAAGAAAAGGAAACAGCAACAGCAGCGACAUCAACUGUGGAAACCACAACGUCUUACACACCAGAUUACGCUGUUGGUUUGGUGACACCCGCUCUAGCGAAAUUACCUACUCCUGUCGGUGUUACUUCCACAAACAGUUUAUCUACAACCACACCCACAUAUGUUCCAACCACCAAUGCUUGGUCGCCAGUUGGACCUACUAUCCUAUCAGUGACCAACACCUCCAGCAGCACGACUCCACAGGAAUUGAUUAUAACCAUGUGUGUAUCUGUGUCUUGUUAUUGUUGUUUCUUAAUGUUACCAUUUUUACGAUUCCAAAUUGGUUGUCUUUUGCAGAAAGAACAUGUUUCUGAAGCCAAGGAAAUGUUCAGCACAUCCAAUAAAGUGACUCGACCAGAGAAGGCAUUGAUCCUAGCGUUUAUGGCAGGAUCGCGAGUUAACCCGUGUCCUGAGCAAGGAGACAUCAUUAGUAUACGCCUCAGUGAAAACGAGGAGAUUCGAGCACAACCAGAAGGAACAAAGAAGGUUACCGUGGAGACUUUCUUCCAAAUGAACUAUGUCACCGGUGAAUGGAAACGUGUUAGUAAAACACACUAAAUUAAACUCGUUAGGAGAGAAACAGAGAGAGAGAGAGAUUGAGUGAGAGAGUGAGAGAGAGUAACCAAACAACCAACCGAUGGAUUGAUAAAAUAAAGAAAUAAUGAUAAUAAAGAAAAGAAAGAUGUAUAAAUUAUUUAAUGAGACUACUUACAAAGCAACAAACAGUGACACAUCCUAAGCUUGUUUGCACACACACACACACACACACACACAUACACAUACACAUGCACAUUCAUUCAACAGCAUGCAUGGUGGGACUGAAUAUAAGAUUUAUCAGGCUUCUACAACAUGCUGAUCCUAAUCUCCCCUGUGUACGAGGACAUGAAGAGGAUUGUAGGCAAAAGUUUGCCUUCCCUUUCUCGUUCUAUUAUAACACAUACAUACAUACGGGAACACACACACACAUAUACCCAUCCAUAUGUAUACUGUGUCUCAUACAUGUGUGUGUGUGUGUGUGGAUAUAUACAUAUGCUUGUCUACUGUUUUAUAUAUAUAUACCAUCAGAUUGGAGCCUAGUGUAGCCAUCUGGUUCGCCAACCUCAGUCAAAUCAUCCAACCCAUGCUAGCAUGGAAAGCAGACGUUAAACGAUGAUGAUGAUGGUAGAUAUACAUACACCUACGCACACAUACAGGUAUGCAUAUAUGUGUGUGUGUGUCUAUAGCUAGAGAGAGAGACAUACACCUUAUGUAUGAAUACAUGUUGAAUGAUGAUAAUGACGAAUUAUGGGUACAUGUAUGUGUGUGUAUAUAUAUAUAUAUAUAUAUAUAUAUGAUGUAUGUGUGUGUUUCACAUACAUACAUUAUAUUUAUAUAUAUAUGAUUUUUUUAUACAGUUUACAAAAGAAUAACUUGUUGGUUCAUGCAUUCGAGACACAACAAUGAUUUGGCAGAUUUAUGUAGCAUAAAACUACUGGUAGCUCUUUUGUAAAUUGUGUAGACUAAAUGAUAUUUAUCUCUCA